AUGGAAACAGAUCCUGGGGGUCAGCAGGAUGCAACUCCUAGCUGCCCCAAUAUUGGCGAGAGUCAAGGUGCUCAGCCAGACCGAGAUAGUCUACCCGACAGGGAUGCCUUCAUCAGCCAGCUGUUGGAGAACAAUAAAAAGCAGCAGGAAACGAUAGCAGCGCAGAAGAAGCUUAUUGCUGCAAAUAGACGAGUUACAGAGGCAAAUUAA